GCCAACUUUACUUGCAAAAAAUCCAUAUCGCACACAUAUGGGCGAGGUUUGUUUGUAAACAGUAAUGUAGUGUAAAAAAUCUCUAAAAUGGCUUUAAAAUCGAUAGCAGAGGAGUAUUUUAAGAGUUUGAACCCGAUAGCUACAAGAUUAUGCGAAGAUAUGGACGAAGUAAAAAAUACCUACGAAGAGCUGUGGUCAACAUUGAGCGAAGAUCAGCAAAGCCAAAUAUUAUCGGAGAGUAUUAUAAAACCUGAAGUAUUAGUUAAAUACGAUGCCAGUAAAAGUGAGGAUGACAAUAAGGAGUAUGCUGUUAAGUUGAUCAUCGAUGAUCAUUGUUCGUACCGGGAUGAGCAUUCAGGACCCUUUAGUUUUAGGAGUCAAAGCCAAAGAAAUUUAAGUAUUUUUGAUAAAGAAAAGAAGACUACCAAUAAUACCUCGAAUAUUAUAAAGCCAAAACCUAAGAAAAAUUCCAUUGUUUAUGUUGAAGACAAUGUAAUGCAAGUAGAAGUGGAUGAAGAUAAUGAUUUACCAAGAACUGGGCUUGAUUUUCUUGAUAAUUGGUAAAAAUAUUAAAUAUUUUAUUAACAUUGUAGGUAAUCUAAGUCAUAUAAUUUGUUUUCUGUUUUUAAUUUGAAAUAAAAAUACAUAUUUACCCUA